GUGACAACCGGUGAUAAGUGACCUAAGACCUGUAGUUAAUUAUUUGUCAUACACUCCUGUAUCUGUAAUUAACCUGUUUAUUUUAUGUAAUUAUGAGUUUAAAAUGCUUUGGUUUUAGGAAGAGCAGCUUUUUUUCACUGUUAAUGUGAUGAAAAUAAUUCACUUUCAGAUACUUUUUAAAUGUAGACAUAUAUAAACAGAACUAAUAUAUAUUUCUUUGAAAUUAGUUCCGUUUAGUGUGAAGGUGUUAUUUUGAAAUUUUCAAUCCAGAUUUUAUUGACGCCAUUCAAGUGAAUUACAAUCACCAUGGGGAAAGAAAAACACGGCUUUCUUACACCUAAGGCUAUCGCCAAUCGUAUUAAGGCGAAAGGUCUCCAGAAACUGAAAUGGUACUGUCAGAUGUGUGAAAAACAAUGUCGAGAUGAGAAUGGUUUUAAAUGUCACAUGAUGUCUGAAUCCCACCAAAGGCAACUGUUGCUGUUUGCUGAAAACCCAGAUGAUUAUAUAGAUACAUUUUCUAAAGAUUUUCUUGAUGGUUUUCUGGAAGUUUUGCAUAGACGAUUUGGAACAAAACGAGUUCAUGCUAACAUAGUAUACCAAGAAUAUAUCACAGAUCGUCAUCACAUUCAUAUGAACUCCACUCAGUGGGAGACUUUGACAGAUUUUGUCAAAUGGACAGGAAAGGAAGGUUAUUGUGUGGUAGAUUAUACGGAAAAGGGUUGGUUCUGUCAGUACGUAGAUCGAACGCCAGAAACUAUUCGAAAACAAGAGGCAGUCAAAGCAAAAGAGAGGAUGGAUAUGGACGAUGAAGAAAGAAAUGCAAAAUUCAUUGAGAAACAGAUCCAAAGAGCAUCUGUAACUGAGAAAGUCAAAGCUGAACCUGAAUUCACAGAACUGAAAAGAGAAUGUGAAGAAAAAGUAACAUUCAACCUGGGAACCUUUGUUAAGAAAAAGGAAGAAGAGUUGAAAAAAACAGAACUGAAGAAUAAUAUCUUGAAAAAAUUACCUCAACCAGAUACUAAAUCUUCAAAGGAAUUAGCAUCUGCAAGUGGCACUAAAAGAAAGUCUUCUGCUCUUGAUGACAUUAUGAAGUUUGAAGAAAUGAAACGAGAAAAGAUGAAUCGUAAAGACAACUGGCUCGACGAGGGGAUUGUUGUAAAGGUUAUAACCAAAAAACUCGGGGAUAAAUACUACAAAAGGAAAGCUGUGAUUAAGCAAGUUGAAAAUUUAUAUAUGGCUGUUGUGAAGCUGUUGGAUACUGGAGACAAAGUGAGGCUUGACCAGAGCCAUCUUGAAACUGUGAUUCCUGCUCUUGGUAAAACUGUAAAAAUAGUAAAUGGUGCAUAUCGUGGAACAAAUGCUGUUUUACAAUCAAUCAAUGAAAAGAAAUUUUGUGCAACUGUUGCCAUCAAACAGGGUCCGUUAGCAGGCAGAGUACUCGAAGGUGUGCAAUAUGAAGAUAUAAGUAAAUUGUAUCAACCAACAUGAAGCUAAUUAAAGAAGAUAAUCAUUAUGAUACAUCUAUGAAUUUAUCUACAAAUCUCAGGCUGGUUUUGCAUCUAAUGUCAUUUUCAUUUCAAUUGAUUAUUUUGCAUUGAUAUUCUGCUCCCACAAUCCUUAUCUUCAUAUCUAGCUGUGCUAGAUUUCAUCACCAACUUUAAUUUAUUCAAUCAUGGUGUAAUGCAAUGACUGUACAAGUAGACAUUCCACAUGGUGUGGGUACAGCACUUUACUUGGAUCUUACAGAAGUUGGUGCUAAUUAUUUUUCCAUCCUAAUCUCUAAGAUUAGCUAUUCCGUUGGAAAUUAAAGUACUUUAUAUAAUCAAAGAUUAAAAGACUGAGUAUUUUACUCUGUGUAAAUAAUGUAAUCUUUAAACAUUUUUAGAUUGAGGCAUAUUCUUUGACAUUUUCUUCUAUUACUGCAAAAACAUUAAAGGAUUUGAACAAUUUUAAACCUGAACAAUUAAAGCUCAAUUCCAGCGGAAGACUCAAUCUAUUCUCACUAUAUUGAGAAACAAUCCCCAAAUAUGUUGGUUAGCAUCUCUGAGAUCUAACAAAAUAGGAGAGUUUUUUUUUUGUUCUUUCCAACAGUGGUGACAUGGUACAAUAAAGAAACGAAAUAAACUUUUGUAUAAAGUAA